GCUGUUUUGAUCCAAAUCCCUUACAAAAAUCAGACAAUGCCAAGGAUUCUGCUGAAGCGAAAUAGUCCGGUGAAGUCAACGGACUCAGUGCUUGCAAGUAUAAACAAAAGGGAAAUCAGGUUGGGGUAUCGAGUGUUUUUAUUCACUGACUGUUUCUCUAUUUGAAUGGUUCCUGUGAAUAUGAAAAUCCUUUGAAUGAAUGUAAGAAUGUAUCAUCUUCACAGAAAGUUGGGUAUUGUUUACUUUUGCACUGCAACGUACUGCGGAAAAUUAUCUGGAUUUUUUUUGAAAAUACAAAAAAAGGAAAUCGUUUACGAGAAAUGAAAUCAUGCUAGAAGAAGCAAUAUAAAAAUUUUUCUUCUCUUUCUUUAAGGAAGCGACAGAAACCAGGUUUUUAAGUGACCUAUGUCUACUCCUUAAGGACGUCUCUUCUUGGUGAACAACGUGGUAUAGAGCAAUUAGAAAAUGUCUAGAGAAUAAGGAACUUGUAAACGCAAAAAGAAGAAGAAGUAUAUCCUUGCAGAUUUUAUUUUGAGGGAUACGAAGGUUUCCUGAGUUGGAAAAAAGUUCCUUAAACCACGUUUCCUCAAAAGCUAGAUUGCAUAUUUCAAAGAAUGGAACAUUUGCACGGCAGAUCAACCUCUUUUCGAGCUAGUCCGUUUGGCUAAUCUGUGAUGAAAUCGUUUUAUCCAAAUAUUGGGUUCAUACUUGUUUAUUUACGAACUAAACGUAUCGCAACUCGUUUUAAAAGAUUUAUGCGAUGAAACGAAAUAUUUCGUUUGUUUACGGAGUGAUUCGGACGCAAAAGGAAGAAAAAAAAGAAAGAAGAAUAGAAUGAUACGGAUGAGUAAACGAAUGGAACCGUUUAAAGCAUCCAUAAUUCAAACCAUAAGGCAUUAUCAACUGCAAUUGACUCUAUUCCAGACAUGACCUAUGACGGCAUCCUAUAUUUCCAUUGAAUUUCACAGGUAAAUUAAAUGAAAAUGAUAAAAUCCUGUACUCUUCCCUUUAGCAAUUCAUAGACGGUUCAAAUAUCAGCAAGCCACCAACAACUGUUUCACUCAUUUGCAUCCGGAUUGCAAUGCAUUUCAAAUAGUAGACUACCAAGGAAUCAUUUCAACGUAAACAAUGUUUCACUACUGACGUUUUCAGGUAUGUCAAAGAGCGAACAAUGACAGCAAUUAAAGCUUUUUCUCAGUAUGUUUCCUGCUCAAGUAUCAUACAAGACAAAAAGAAAUCAUUUUUGCAAGAUUGCAUCCGUAAUCGGAUAUGUGUUUCAAAUGUUUGAUACUUCGGAUAUCCGAAACCGCGUCCAUGAUCGCAAGUAGACUAAAUACUCAAGUCAAAGUGAGGUCGAAUUCAGGUAUAAAUGAUGGAUGCAACGUCCUGUUUUACUAUCAUUUUAACAAUCCAUCGUUAAUAAGAAUCUCACUAUGGCCCCUGCUACUGCUGUUGCUCAAUUCCAAAAUCUCUUCAACGCUGAUCCACUCAAGGUUGACAAGGAGGACGCCCUUGUAAAGACUGAACAGAAUGCUCUAACAAAAUCUUUCCCAAACUAUCAAUUGGACAAUGAAUUUACAUUUUCUCCAAUUCGUGAAAGCACUGUUUCUCGAGCCAUGACACGCCGCUACUUCGCUGACUUGGACAAGUACGCAGAGUCUGACAUCGUUAUUGUCGGUGCAGGAUCUGCCGGCCUCACCGCUGCUUACUAUCUUGGUACGCGCCGUCCUGACCUGAAGAUUGCAAUCAUCGAGGCUUCUGUGGCUCCCGGCGGUGGUGCCUGGUUGGGUGGUCAACUCUUUUCGGCCAUGGUCGUCCGUAAACCUGCUGACGCCUUUUUGAGAGAAAUAGGUGUUCCUUAUGAGGAUGAAGGUGAAUACGUUGUCGUCAAACAUGCUGCUCUCUUCACCAGUACGGUCAUGGCCCGUGCUCUUUCUCUUCCCAACAUCAAGCUCUUCAACGCUACCGCUGUUGAAGACUUAAUCGUUAAGGCUGACGAAGAUGGUAAUCAACGUAUCGCCGGUGUUGUCACCAACUGGACCCUUGUUUCUUUGAAUCACGGCCUUCAAUCCUGUAUGGAUCCCAACACCAUCAAUGCUCAUUUAGUCCUAUCUGCAACUGGCCACGAUGGCCCCUUUGGUGCCUUCUGCGUUAAACGUGCUCAUCAAGCUGGCCUUAUCCCUCAUCUUGGUGACAUGCGUCCUCUUGACAUGAACCGUUCUGAAAACCUUAUUGUAAAGGGUAGUCGUGAAAUAUAUCCCGGCUUGGUUGUAUCGGGAAUGGAACUUUCUGAACUCGACGGCGCCAACCGGAUGGGGCCUACCUUUGGAGGUAUGAUGUUCAGCGGUAUUAAAGCCGCUCAAGAAGCUCUCAAAGUCUUUGAAGAACGCAAGACCGCCAACGAAAAAUGCAUUUAAAUUUUCCUUUUGCUUCUAAAUAUCAAAAUUACGAUGAACCCGUACAGAGAAUUUUUGCUAGAAAUUUUUCUGAAUAUUUCUAACUGAAUAAAUGCUUUUUAUGUGCGUUAUAACAUGCAGCAUAGAAAGCCAGAUAAUCGCUAAACUUAAAUGACAAAUUCGCUAUAGUUCUAUUCGGAUUAUUCCGUGGUCUUGAGAGGUUCUGUGAUCGUCAGCAGCAUAGAUGCUUUUGAUGAACAAGAGUCCAAUUUUGCUAGAUCUUUAAUGUAGCUAUAUAAUUACGAUAAUUCAAAUGCAUAACACUACAACAUAAAUUUUCAUAAAAUCCUUUUAAUAGUAUUUAAUCAACUACAAGGCUAGUUCGAUUUUUGUCAUUUGAUGUAGACUUCUACAAAUG